GGCGCGGAGUGGGAUAGGGGAGAGACCGCGCGCGCCCGGAGGAGGGCGGUGCUUUGUUUUCCGGGGCUUCGGCGCGCCCAGCACUAGGGAGGGAAAAGGAAAGGAGAGGAGGGGGUGAGCGCGAGGGGCGGGGAGCGCAGCGGAGCCGCAGAGAGCGCGCAGUGGGCGCGCGCGCACGGCACCAGGACUCCCCUUUUUGUGUGUCCUCGUUCCCGGCGGCUGCGGCGGCUGCGACGGGAUGGAGGAGCUAAGCAGCGUUGGAGAGCAAGUCUUCGCCGCCGAGUGCAUCUUAAGCAAGCGGCUCCGUAAGGGGAAGCUGGAGUACCUGGUGAAGUGGCGAGGAUGGUCCUCCAAACACAACAGCUGGGAGCCAGAGGAAAAUAUCCUUGAUCCAAGACUGCUCCUAGCCUUCCAGAAGAAGGAGCAUGAUAAGGAGGUGCAGAACCGGAAGAGAGGCAAGCGUCCAAGGGGCAGACCGAGGAAGCAUGUGGUGGUGUCAGCUUGUAACAGGCGCUCCAAGAUCAAGGAACCAGAUAUGCCAUCAAAAUCAAAAUCCAGCAGUUCUUCUUCUUCCUCUACCUCUUCUUCCUCCUCUGAUGAAGAAGAUGACAGUGACUUGGAGGCUAAGAGAGGUCCCAGGGGCCGAGAGACCCAUCCUGUGCCUCAGAAAAAAGCUCAGAUCUUGGUGGCCAAACCUGAGGUGAAGGAUCCCAUCAGAAAAAAGAGGGGUAGGAAGCCUCUUCCCCCAGAACAAAAGGCAGCCAGGAGACCUGUGAGUCUGCCAAAGGUGUUGAAAACUACCCGAAAGGAUUUAGGACCAUCAAGCAAACUGCCCCCGUCACUCACCACCCCAGUGACAAGCCUUGCUGCCCUCAAAGCCCAUGCCAAGGAGGCUCCGGGUGGCUCCAGUGGCUCAUCUACCGCCGAGAACUUGACCAACCUGAUGAAGGGCAUGACUGAUGGCCCCAAUCGAGGAAGCAUCAGCUGGCAGAGCUCCAUCAUGCACUACAUGAAUCGAAUGACACAGAGCCAGGCUGAGGCAGCCAACCGAUUGGCACUGAAAGCCCAGGCCUCUAAUAAGUGUGGCUUGGGUCUGGACUUGAAAGUGAGAAACCAAAAGGGGGAUCUAGGACUUGCCAUGCCAGGAGCCAGAGCCAUGACAGCCCCUAACUCCGGGGGCUCUGAACAGAAGUCAGGUGGCACCGGGAGGACCCCAAACCUACACAAUGGGGGCAAAGUGGGCACAAUGUCCCUUGGCACUCAACCAGCUUCAAACCAAGAGCUGAACCUCCAGGCUUUGAACUUACAGAGCGUGAAAAAUGGAGCCACGGGGGGUGCUGUGCUUCCCCUAUAUCCCACAGCUGCCAACCUGAAAACCACCAGCAAUAUCAAUCCCACUGCUGGCAAGGGAGUGGGGAGUGGGACCGCCGGAGGGGCUGGAGUUGAUGCCGGCAAAGGUGAGAAACUGGUAGUGAGGGGUGCGGUUGUUGCCUCUGGAAACAAGAGGGACAGUAUAAAAAGCAAUCCCAAAUCCAUGGGGCAGGAGGGCUACCUAGGCGCAGGUGAGACCCGAAAAACAACGACUCUAUCGGAGAUGAGCACCGGCGACGAUAGUAGCACUGACUCAGAGCGGUACUCUGCCUCCUUCCCAGGUACCACGGGACAGAACUUGUCCGUCUCCAUCCAGACCAGCCAGGACUGGAAGCCAACCCGAAGCCUUAUCGAGCAUGUCUUUGUCACAGAUGUGACUGCCAACCUUAUCACAGUCACGGUGAAAGAGUCCCCCACCAGUGUUGGCUUUUUCAACCUGAGACAUUAUUGAUGUUGACUGUUCUUGUCUUCUCUACAACCCAGGUGCCAGGGUCUCUUUUCCAAUUGGACCUCUUAGCCUUUCAUAGUAGCCUCUCUUUGAUUUAUGCGUCUUUGGUUGUUUUUGUUCUGUUGGUGGUGUUUUUUUGUUAAGUGACCCCCAUACAUACAGAACUGAGAUUUCAGUUUUUCUUACUUCUUCCCAAGAAGAAAACAUAGAGGUUAUUCAAUCAGCCCCCACUCUAUCCUUUAUCCCAGCCCACUUGUCCACUUGUGUAUGUAAACCAUGGAUGGCUGUGUUACAGAAGUAGGGGACAGAAUUUCCAAUUCUUUGUUAUUUAGUUAGAUCUAGGUGGGUUGUGCUGGCUUUAGCUUCUGCUGACUGAUUCACUUUUACCCCCUUCCUUUCUGAUAUCUGCUGGUUCACAGAGGAGAGCAGGUUGAGCCAAAUGACUCUCAAUGAGUAUCUGUCUUAAGAAACAGGUUUUGAAGAAGUUUGCCUUCAUACUUGUCACCUACCCUGCUUCUCUUGCAAAAGUGGCAUUUUCUAUCUAGUUACCUAGGAGCAGAGGGGGUUCAUUUGACAUGCAAUCUUCUCUUGGUCUUGGGUUAACUACCUGUCCCCAAGAUGGGAACAUUCUUUUAUAGAGGCCUCAUGGGACUGCUUGAUAGAUGGGAUAGAUGUUUACAUUUCUUUUAAGCUGGUAUCAGUCUCUAGAAGGUGCUCCAGGUGGGUGGGCCAGACAAGAGGCCUUAUAUGAGCUCCUUUCUCAUUAAGUAGUAUCCAAAGUCACAAAGUCCAAGUGAGGAAUUCUCUGUGACUAGCUCCCCCUCAACAUACUUGAAAGUAGAAUGAAGUAUAUUAAAAAUAGCAUAGGACAGAGUCCCUGAAAGUAGGAUAUCUCCUUUUAUCUUUCCUUGAGCCCAGCCCAGAGUUACUAUUAAAAUAUUCCCUAUCCCAAAACCAUUUACUGGUCCAUGAGCAAAGUUUGCCAAGAAAUCUUCAGGGAUGAGAGUGGUGAUAAGCAAUGGACAUUAAGCAAAGGACACUGUAUAGUGUCCAGGUGAUAACCCCACCCCCCAACUAUUUCACCUUCAACUUAUUUUUUAAUUUCCCAGGUAAUUCCUGGGAGGGAAGAAAGAAUAACUUCCUUUCAGUCAACCCUUGUACUGAUUCUAGAUCCUAGCUUUAGAAGUAUGUUUGUGGGGCCUUUUCUAUAAAUACUGUACUCAGAUAAACCCACUACAUCCCCCAAGAUAGCUCAUCUUUUUUUUAAUGGUUAUACAAAGAAUGGCCUAAAUAGCCCCAAUCAUUUGGCCCCAUUAACUGCCCCCAAGAGCCACUAGGAGAAUCUAUAUCCAGUCAGUUCCUGGAAAUGGAUUUUUUGCCAGAUACGCAUCCCAGGUGUUGUACAGAUGUGCAGUACUAACAGCCUUUCUGUCUGUAUUAUGGCUGUUGUGGUAUGCUUAUGAAGUGAUAAGCUUGUAAAGGACCACUGGCUAGGUUAGUGAGGGACGUUUCAAGUCUUCUGUUAACCUGCCUAUGUGCCCUGGGUUGUUCUGCCCCCUUUGAGAAAAUGGCAGUAUAAUCCAUUUCCAGAUUGGGACUUGGGACCAAAUGGAGAAGUUUCAUUCUACCAUCACUGCUGUCCCAUCUUCUAAUAAAGAUAGGGUGAGUCCAAGGAGGUAAUAUAGAUGAGGAGAGGAUAUCUUCCUUAAAAAUACUAAGCAGAUCUCCAGAAGAAUGAGCCACUGGGCAGUUUCCAAGUGCUCAGCCCUCUGCUUUCUUUCUUACAAAAGAGCAAACCGUGAGUUCUACUACAAUCUCUUUAUCCUAAAUUGUUCCUUUGGGGACUACCAUCCUAGGGUAGGUAAAGAUUAAGAUGCUGACUUCUUCCUGAAAAAGGCAUGGAAAUAUGCUCAUUCCAAAACAAUUCUGUCUCAAAUAUAAUUUCUAAGAUUUAAAUAUAUAUCAGGUUUUGUUUGUGGUAGUUGCUUAAUGACCACCUUGGUUCUUUGUGAUACCAAAAAAAAAAAAGUUUGCGAUUCAGCCAAAUGAAACUUUCUUUUAGGUAGAGAAGGGGCCAGUUAGGUCAGGGCUGGGAGGGUUAGGGUGGGGGGUGUUCUUCCAGUUUUUACCUCCUUUAAGCAGCCCAAAGUGGCCUUUAUCCAGGAAAGGAAGUCUGUGUGCUUAGCCAAGACAAUAGGUUGUCUAGGGAAGUAUGACCCUGAGCCAUGGACCUUUUCCUUGAUGUCCUUACCCCAUAUGCUAAAUACUAAAAAGUUGGCCUUUGUUGUAUUGGAAUAUAAAUUUAUUGUGCCUUUGGGAAGUAACUGGUUUUUGUGUCUUCUGGGAGGGACUGGAGAAUGAAAGACAGCCCUCUUCCAAACCCUUUCCCACCUAACUCUUUGAGAAUAGUAUGAAGCUAGUGUUCCUUACAGUGGAAGAGAAGUGAUGCCUACUUUCUUACUUAUGCCCGGAAUCUGGAGGUUCCCUCUCUAGAGUGCUGAGAUAGAGGAGAAGCUUCCCAUCAUUCCCCAAGUAAUUCCUUUGGGUAUUAUAUGAGGAUAUAUGUACUUUCUACUACUGGAAUGGGUUAAAAGAGUAUCUUGCAUGGUCCAGUGUGAAAGGAACAAAGAAGGAGAGGAAAAAAUCUGGGAGGGUAGUAAAGCCAAAUUCAAAUUGAUUUGUCAUUCUUAGGACUGAACCUUCCUAGUAGUUCUCUAUCCCCAUCACAUCUUACCAAACAGAUGUCCCUGCUUGCUUCUGAACCACCUCUUUAGCCAGCAAACCACUGGUAGCUGAGCCCCUAAUCCCUUUUUCUCCCUACCCCCACCUUAAAACAUGAAGUUGAAGCUUCCAAGUUUCUCAGCUUGUUCCCACCAAGCACUUUCUUGCCUUUCAAGCUAAGUAAAGCAGAGGCUCUGGGCUGACAGUAGGGGUUCUAAUUAUGAUCAUUAGUGAAUGAGGACUGCAGCUAUUAGAAGCAAGUGUGUUUGUUCCUGGGUGUCUUGUCUGAUUUGAGAAGGCUCUCAUCCACAGCAUUAAGAAUCUUAUUUUUCCAUACUAUGAUGUUGUGCCUUUCUGUUAACUAGCUAUUUCAAGUCCAAAGUUAAAUCAGGAAACACCUUAUUACUAACCAGUUCUGACUUUUUUUUUUUGCCUUUUGCUUAAAAUUUCAACCUUACAUGUUGUUUUACUCCCAGUGGCUCAUAUAUGAAAGAGAUGUGAUUAUUCCCACAUUUGAAAGAGAUACUUCUUUAAAGAAUCGUGCAUUUUAUUUCAUCUGCAUUGGACAGAUGUUCAGAGCUGGUGUCAUAUGUUUACCAGUAAACAAAACUAGUAUUUAGAAGUCUACCUUUUUUCCCCCAAAAAGUUUGCUGCUAUGUUUUUUGUGUGUGCGCACAUGUGUAUAGCUAGGUGUCAAUCAAACAUCUGAUUUAAGGACUUUUUACUUCUAAGGGUUUCCUAAGCAAAUUAUAUGGCAGUAUUUGUAUAUUGAAUGGAUAUUUUUAUUCUGUUUUUGCCUCCGUUUUAUUUUUUAUUGGACAGGAAGAAGUGGUCGAUUUUGUCAUCUUCCUUAGAGGUUUAGUAUAUAUUUAUAUAUAUAUAUAUUUUGUACCAAAAAAGUGUUCUUUUUUUUUGUUACACUCAGAUUCUGAUAGAUAUAAAGGGCUGUGGCCUGAAGGUUUUUGUUAAGAAAAAUUUUGUUUGCAAAGGGGAGUAUGAGGGAACAAAAGAAAGAACUGUUCUUGUCACUGUGCCAAUGAUUGGCUUGAUUUGUGUGUGUGUUUUUUAAUUUAAAAAAAAAAGCCAAAUCAUUCAUGUAGGCCACUUCUAAUUGCUUUAAACUACAGCUGUUUGCUUUUAGAAAGCAGAGAACAAAAGUGGAUAUGUUAUUACCAUGGAAAAGCUUAAGGUCUUUGUUGAAACGGGACAGCAGCCCAGCCCAAAUAUUAAAUCAAAACCAACUAGUGGGGGAAAUGUGCCUUCCUCUUCCCCCUCCUCCACACCCCCAAGGAAGCCCAUAGUGGCUUGGGGAAUUAGGGCGAAAGUUGUAUUCAGAUGCCUAAAUCAUUUAAUUGUUUGCAUCUCAUGAUUGUGUGUGUUUUCUAGUAUUUUGAGAAAAUUAACACUAUAGCAUAGAGUACAGGAUUUUUUUUUAGAUUGCUCUUAAUUUAUUUUACAGGAAAAGAAAACACUAGCAAAUGGUGUCAUUUGGUUUUGUACAACCUUUUUUAUUAAUAAGUUAGUGUAUCAAUAAAUUGUUUUUCAACUUUUCAA